AUGAUAACUAAGCUAGUGCAUCCAUCAAUGUCUGAUUCUCAUUUGAGUCCUCUGGUUUGUAGAACUGUGAAUAUCAUGAAACUUCAAAGAUUUGGACCGGUUAUUAACCGUUCAAGGAUAAACACUUCAAGAUUUGGUGACAAACCAUUAUGGUUUCGACCCUUUACUAUUAUUAAAGUUGCAGGAAAAUCCUCUGGUUAUGGCUUAGUUGAAGAUGAAACAGUUGCUCAGAAGAAAAUAGAACUUUAUCAGGCUUUGGAAGGAAUCAACAGAGGGAUAUUCGGAAUCCCAUCUGGAAAGAAGUUGGAAAUUGAAAGUUUGGUCAAGCAGCUAGAAUCUCAAAAUCCUACUCCAGAACCAACUCUUGAACUGGAUAAGGUGGAUGGAUGCUGGAGGCUUGUUUAUAGCACUAUCUCAAUUUUGGGAUCAAGAAGGACAAAGUUAGGCCUAAGAGACUUUAUUUCAUUAGGUGAUUUCUUUCAGACUAUUGAUAAAGCCAAGAACAAAGCAGUCAAUGUGGUAAAGUUCAAUGCAAAAGGGCUGACAAUGUUGUCUGGAGAGCUUACUAUUGAGGCCUCAUUCAAGAUUGCUUCUAAAACAAGGGUUGACAUUACUUUUGAAAAAUCCACAAUCACUCCUGAUCAGUUGAUGAAUGUGUUUCGAAAAAACUAUGAUAUUUUGUUGAGCAUCUUCAAUCCAGAGGGGUGGCUAGAUAUCACAUAUGUUGAUGACAACAUGAGAAUAGGAAGGGACGACAAAGGCAAUAUCUUUGUAUUAGAAAGAUUUGAAGAUAGUAGCUACUCCUAG